AUGGGAGUUAUUCGAGGAGUUUGCGACUAUGGCGACGCGCAGAAGAAUAAAGACUGGCAACCAUACGCAGCGGCUGUGGCAGCUGCGUAUCCCAAAGCUCUACUUCACACGAUCGUGCCAAGGACUGAUCAACCCGCCAAAGAGACCAGCCCUCAACCCUGGUGGUUCGUACCCUUCCACCUCAGAGACGACCUCUUUGGCCGUGCUUCAGAGCUAGUCGAUGUGGAAAGCCAGCUGUUUACACCUGGGCAAUAUCGCAAAGUCGCCAUCGGUGGUCUUGGGGGUAUAGGGAAGAUGAGACUGGCCUUGGAGGUUGCUUGCCGGGCCAAGACAAAGCGUCCAAGUUGUUCCAUCAUUUGGUUGCAGGGAACAGACCUGGCCAGUUUCGAAAGAGACUGCCUCAAAGUUGCGCAGCUUCUGAUGCUCCCCCAUAUUCCUGCUGGAAAGGAAGACUUGAAAUUGAUCUUGAAGCAAUACUUCGGUUCGGAGAAGGCAGGCGAAUGGCUACUGAUUAUUGACCAUGCAGAUGAUGAGCAGCUUUGGACAUCCAGACAACCGAGCGACGGACAAUCAAAUGUUCCAUUGAUGGACUACGUGCCCUUCAGUCACCAAGGUGCUGUGCUAAUAACGACCAGGAAUCAUCGAGUCGGGACGAAGAUGGCGCAGAAGUACGUUGUCAAAUUGCAAGAACUGGUUGAGCAAGACGCCCUCGCCAUGUUCAAGAAUCUAUUGAUUCGACCUGGUCUUGUCGAUGGGGAUCCCGCAGCUUCCUCGGAGUUGAUCAACUGUCUUACUUGUCUGCCCCUAGCCGUCGCGCAAGCCGCCGCUUACUUCAGCGAGAACGAACACGUUACAGUUGACGAGUUCCUAAAAAUGCUACUAGCUACGGAAACGGACACGAUCGAAUUGUUGAGUGAAGACUUCGAGGAUGAUUACAGAUACAGAGGAACAAGGAACGCGAUAUCUACCACCUGGCUCAUUUCUUUCACCCAAAUACAAAAGGGGAACCCAUUGCUGGAGAGUUGCUUGCGUUCUUGGCUUGUCUCGAAUUUGGCUAAAGCUGCUGGUGUCCUUACGGGCUAUGCCUUCCUUCAGCAGCAACGCCGGCAGGAUAUCCACGCGACCUCGUUGGUUGUCGCCUGGACAGACGGUAACUCAACGAACGAUCCUGUUGCGUGUUUCUGGUCAUAUUACAAUUUUGCCGACGCCUUGGUUAAAUGUCAACCCUAUCCGAACAAAGAAGCGGAAGCAUAUGCUAAGCGAGCUCUAGAUGGGUUAGCAGCAAAAGUGGGAAUGGACGACCGGAAAACACUCCGAGCCAUAGAUGUGCUUGCGAUGAUACACCAGUUCCAGGAUCGGCGUGAGGGAGCAGUGAAACUACAACAGGAUAUUUUGGAUACAAGGCGGAGGAAGCUCGGGAAUAUACAUGCGGAUACCCUUCGAAGUAUGUGUGGGGUGGCGGUUGUCUCUCGACGCCUGAAACGACUGGACGAGGCGGAGAAACUGCUCGCUGCGGCGAUGGAAUGUCAAAAAGAGACGCUGGGAGCGGAUGUUCCUGGCACCAUCCCAAGUAUGCAUCAGUUGGCAGUAUUGCGUACCAAGCGAGACCGUUUCGAUGAUGCCGACAAUCUGUUGGUAGGUGUUGGGGAGGCGGACAAGGUGAUUACUGGAGGGGAGCAUCGUAGUAUGCUCGUUACUAUGUCCUGUCUGGCGUGGAUAUACUCCAAACAGAACAAACUGGACAAAGCAGAGCCAUUAGCUACUGUUGUCUGGCAGAGCAUGAAGAGGGUGCUGGGAGGAGAGCACCUUGAUACGCUCACCGUCAUGUCACUUCUGGCAGAGACGUACAGCAAGCAAGGUCGACUUGUGGAGGCGGAGCAAUUGACCACUACUGUCUUCCAGACCAUGCAGAGGGUGCUGGGAGAGCACCCUCUUACGCUCAGCAUCAUGUCAUUUUUGGCGGAGACGUACAGCAAGCAAGGUCGGCUUGUGGACGCAGAGCAACUCUUUGCCACUGCUUGGAAGAGAAGCGAGCGGUUGUUCAGGGAAGAGCACCAUAGGACGCUUGGAAGCAUGUAUAACGUUGCUAUCACCAGGGAACGACUGGGGCGUGUCAACGAAGCCGCGAGCCUGACGGAGAAAUGCCUCGCCCUUAGCAGAGAGACGCGCGGAGAACAGCACGGUAAGACGCUGAUCAUCAUGGAGGGCCUAGCGAGGAUGAUCAAGGCGGAUACGAGGCGGGAGGAAGGGAUUGCAUUGAUGGAAGAAUGCGUCCGACUCAUGACAGAAACGGACCACGAACGUACAGCUAUAGCGCGAGCUCGGCUCGACAGAUGGAUCAAGAAGACUCCGUUCAGGGAGAGACCAUCAGUGGGAGGGGAAGGCCAACGCGCACGAGUCUAG